AUGAGGGGUAGAAGAGGGACCCUGGGUGCUUGCUUGACAAGCGUAAGGAGGUCACAAGGAGGUGACUUGGACAAACUAUUGUGUGGCCUUACAAAGAGAAGCCGGAGGGGGAGCCCCAGCCCAGCAUGUGUGCCUUCCUGGACAGAUGAGCCUGCCGCGGGUACUGAUGGUAAGGUCACAGGACACAGUGGUGGCUCCCUGGAAAUUAAACGUGGCCAGAGUGAGGCUGGACCUCAUAUUACGAAGUUGCUUCAGUAUCUGAAGAAUCACGGGCAGACAUUUGCUCCAGCAGCCUCCAUAAGCAAGGUUCUGUUAUCUGCUUUGGAAGAACAUCUGGCAGGGGUAUCCUGUGGCGUCAGAGAUGCUCUAGGAAGUGACUGGCCAGACAGCUGUGGUCGGUCCCAAGGAGAGUCCUGGGUGUCAAGAUGGCCAGACCAUCCAAAACUGAGGGAAAUGGGUUUCCUGAAGGGUGAACCGUUAAGUGCUGUCCCUGAGGGGCUGGGCACCAGGUCGGAACUGUCUCACCCACAUUCCGAGCUGUGCCAGCUGCCAUAUGCUUAUGCCUAUUAUGAAGUUCUCCCAGAAGAUGAGACCAGAUGUGUAUCCCUCGACGGUUCAAACCCCAUGUUUUCAGAGCAAGCAGUAGACCACGAGGAAACUCACUCAAGCUUAAAAAGCACUUCGGAUGGUCUGCAGCUGGUUGUGGGGUCACUGGCUCUGCAGUCUUCCAGAUCAGCAAGUCUGAUGCCAUAGCUAAGGUACAAGCAGAACAAUAAAAAUAGCAGAUUAAUUUUAAAGGUUGCCUUGCAGUUUCUUUUGCAUUAAAUCUGGCGUAUGCUGCAGCCGUUCAGUUCCUGCUCUGAUUGCUGUGACCAGACACACCUCGCUGGUUGACGCAGAGAGACGGUUUUGAGCGUGUUUUUAAUCAUUUCAGAAAGACUCAGAACUGGGAAAACCCUUCCAGGAAAUGAUCGAUCUACUCAGUACAAGAUCAGUCAGAAGCCAUUUAGCGCAGUUCUUUGUCGUGGAGCCGUUCUAAAGGGCUAGUAUCCCAGAUGCCGCCCGUCUCAGCUCACCUCUGGCUGGCCGACGGAAGUGGAGAUCUUAGGCUACCCCCUCCACUUCCUGUCAGCUCUGCUCUGGUCACGACGAGUCCUGCCAUUUCUGCACUGUAUGGACUCUCAGGCCUGCAGCCUCUCGUCCUUCCUCACGUGCCCCUUCCCUUUCGCUUGGAGUGCAGGUUUCAGUGGCCACACUCUGGAGAAGUUUGAGGCUCUUCUGCUGACAGAACACAGAUCGCAAAUGAAGUGUUUCCUGUUUCCCAGACCCUAGGAGUCCUGAGCUCUUUUACGUUAAGACUUUUUCUAAAGUAAUUCUCCCUUGUGGUUUGUUGAUAACUUUAAUAAAGGUCAUCUAAAGAGUGGACAUUUUUAAGCUCCCUACCCAAGAGAGUUAAGAACAGCCCUGUGGGGGAGGGGAACCUGACUGUCUAUGUCAUUUAUAUUGUGUGCUAAAUUACUAUGCCAUGGGCUAUUUUAGUGUUUUGGGAAAAUAAUAAAAUCUGUUCUUUAGCAUAAUAAA